ACGACAUCGAACGGAUUCAACAAACGUCUAGAAAAGUGAUUCGUAUUCACACGUGUGUCGAUUUGCUGUCCGGCAGAUCUGCGAAUUUCAAAAUAAUUGCUCCAACUCUUGUUUAAAUUAAGAAAAAUCAACCCAAAAGAGCUCAUUUUGCUAGAAUGGGCAAGAACAAGCAGAAGAGAAAGCAGAUCAACGGCCAAAACACCGUUCCUCAGAAUGGCAAAGGAUCGAUAGAGGAUUUGGAGGAAAAUUUCGAACUGGAGCCGGAACUAUCAAAAUCUGAGAAGAUGAAAGAGAAGAAGCGUAAAAAUAAGGAAGCUGCGUCACAAUCGGCAGCCGGAGCAUUCGUUAAACGGCCUAAAUAUAGUGACGAGGAAGAAAAUGGCAAUUCAGACGCUGCCGAUAGCGAAGAAGUUGAAAAUGGACAUCAGGAACAGCUGGAGGUCGGUUCGGCAAAUGCAUACGAGAUUCUUCUCGGAAACCAAGAAUUUGAAGGGCUGAAGGGAAAGGUUUCCGAAAAUACACUGAAAGCGAUAUCAGCGAUGGGAUUCACCAAAAUGACGGAGAUUCAAGCGAAAGCAAUACCACCUCUAUUGGAGGGACGCGACUUGAUUGGUUCCGCCAAGACCGGUAGCGGUAAAACGCUUGCAUUUCUUAUUCCAGCUGUGGAGUUGAUAUACAAGCUUCAAUUUAAGCCACGGAAUGGUACGGGUGUGAUCAUAAUCUCUCCCACACGUGAAUUGGCCAUGCAAAUAUUUGGGGUUUUGAAAGAGUUGAUGGCUCAUCAACAUCAUACCUAUGGAUUGCUGAUGGGAGGGGCGAGUCGUCACACGGAAAAUGAGAAGCUUUCCAAAGGGUUGAACAUCGUUGUGGCGACUCCCGGACGUUUGCUGGAUCAUUUGAAAAAUACUCCAAACUUCUUGUACAAGAAUUUGCAGUGUCUGGUGAUAGAUGAGUGCGAUCGUAUUUUGGAAAUUGGUUUCGAAGAAGAUAUGAAACAGAUUAUCAGUAUUCUGCCAAAAAAACGCCAGACAAUGCUUUUCUCCGCCACACAAACCUCUCGAACGGAGGAACUAAGUAAGCUAGCUCUAAAAUCAGAGCCCAUCUAUGUAGGAGUUGAUGAUAAUAAGACAGAAGCUACUGUGAGCGGGCUGGAACAAGGUUACAUUGUGUGUCCAUCGGAGAAACGAUUACUCGUUCUGUUCACAUUCUUGAAAAAGAACCGCAAGAAGAAGGUUAUGGUAUUUUUCUCGUCCUGUUUAUCUGUUAAAUUUCACCACGAGCUGUUCAAUUAUAUUGAUCUGCCGGUGAACUCAAUUCAUGGCAAACAAAAACAAGCAAAGCGCACAUCGGUGUUCUUCCAGUUCUGCAACGCCGAAUCGGGAAUCCUGUUGUGUACGGACGUAGCUGCUCGUGGAUUGGACAUUCCAGCGGUGGACUGGAUCGUACAGUACGAUCCCCCGAAUGACACCAAGGAAUAUAUUCAUCGGGUGGGACGAACAGCCCGUGGUGAGAAUCUGUGCGGCCAUGCUCUGCUGAUUCUUCGACCCGAGGAAGUAGGCUUCCUGAGAUACCUCAAGCAGGCGAAGGUUCCGCUGAAUGAGUUUGAAUUUUCCUGGAGCAAGAUUGCCGAUAUACAGUUGCAGCUGGAGAACCUGCUGUCGAAAAAUUACUUCCUAAAUCAGUCCGGCAAGUUGGCGUUCAAAUCGUACGUUCGUGCGUAUGAGGGGCACCACAUGAAGGAUGUUUUCAACGUGGGAAACUUGGAUCUUGCCCAGGUGGCUAAGAAUUUUGGUUUCACGCAACCACCGUAUGUUGAUUUCGGCAAAAGCUUCAAGAUUCAAAACUCUGAGCGACGUGCCGGUAACCGGGGUAUGGGUCACUUCAAAACACUAAACAAAGAGAAGCCAGGAAUGAAGUUUAAGCACAUUAAAAACCGAAAAGAGUUGAAGAAAAUUGAGUACGAGUGAUAAUUUAAUCACUCUUAGGAAUAAUGUUUAUAUUUUAUGUAAUAAAUAAAACUAUUUGAAUCAAAUAUUCAUUCAA